UUCUCAAACAGGGGAUGGCUUUGGUACAAAUGCGGAGAAAUCUUGCGCUCAAGCUAGCGCCCGCUCGCUGGGAGCUUCCAGAUUCGGCGCCUCUGAUCCAAGAGCUCCAGCACAGGGCGCUGGCAUCCAACAUUGUGCUGGAGGUUCGCGAUGCGCGGUUGCCCUUGGGAUCAGCGCACAAGGAGCUCUACGAUAGGGUUCUGAGCUGGAAGCAUCAUCUGAUCGUACUCAACAAGGCCGAUCUUGUCCAUCCCGAGACUAUCCAGGCGUGGAAGCUCUACUUCCAUAAGCGCCAACAAAACUACGUCUUCGUCAAUGGACACAACAAACUUUCCGUGAAGAUCAUGGUAAGGAAAGUGAAGUUUUCGAUUCUUCGUGCACUCAAAGCCGAGCGGACAACUCUGGCGAUGCUGGCUGGUCUACCAAAUGUAGGAAAAUCUGUCCUUACCAAUACUUUACAUCGAGUUGGCCGCUACAACAUAUCGGCGCUUGAGAAGAUGACACUGGCUGCUGUCGGUCCCAGUCCAUACUUAACCGAAUCUAUUCGCGGCUACAAGAUAAACUAUACUCCUCCAAUGUACAUUUUGGAUACGCCCUCAGUAAUGCAUCCGAGUAUUACUGACGCGGAGCUUGGAAUGAACCUUGCUGUGAUCGGCGCUAUGGAUUAUGACGUUGUUGGGAUUGAACAACUUGUUCGUUACUGCUUGGUGUUGUGGAAUUCUUCUCCACAUCCAUUUCAGGAGUGGUGGGAUGAGUUUCGCACUCUGGAGUUUACGACGCAACCGAAAGACACUCACACUGGAGUUGAAAAGAGCAAAAUGGAACGUAGCAAGUACACAGUCGAAGUCAAGGGAAUUCUCUCCGAAAUUCGAUUGAAUUAUGAGGGAGACCCGGGAAACGAGAAUGAGAUGGAAAUUCUGGUUGAGUUGCAACUGAGGGAGAUCUGGAGCUUUUUCCAGACCACUACAACCAAGCCGGUGAGCACGUUUAAGACAGCUAAAAGAGUAGUGGGCUUGUUCAGAUCGGGAAGACUCGGAUACGUGACACUAGACGCAUUACCUGAAACUAACGAGAUUGGAGAAUCUCAAGUGGACGAGCCCGACAUUCAACUUCCCCCAGAGGUCGACGUACCGGUUAAAAAGCCAUACAAAAGAAAGCGCAGCCUUCAAAAUGUGAGUCCUCAGAAACUGCUGAGGAUGGCUAGAACGCAAAGGAAGAAGAUGGAGAAGAAAAGAAAACCGUGCAAAGAGACAUACAUCCACUGAGCCAGCUACUAUCUGUAUCAUCGGAGUGUCGCUCGCCAACGAAAAUCCAUCCCGCUCUCGUCCUCACAGAUUUCGUUUGGUAUGGCUGCCAUCGUCAAGUUUGAUACGAGAAUGAAUAGCCGAUCUCCAAGCGAUCCAAGUGCCUACCUUCUUUUGGUUGGGUGUCAAGCCAUUCCACCGGGUUCCAAGGAGUCUACCAAUCUGCCCAAAGGUAGCGCUUGGAUUUUGCUUUACAACCUUCUUCCGGUUGGCCUUGCAGAAGAACAUAUAAGGAGCCAAUGGACGUUUUGGUCCAGGCCUUGUGUACCUCGAGCGCUUAUAGGUACUGCUACCACUCGCUCCUUUGAUCGCUGUUGCAUCCACAGAGGUUUCCAGACAGUCUCAAGAUCCAUUCCUAUCUACUUGGUCGAUCUCACGAUCAAGCUGACACUUACACAUUCUUUCUUUCGCUGCUCCAAAGAAACUACAGCACUGAAACUUACACUGGCGAGCAAGUAUUAAGUGUUCACAACGGUGUGGAAACGCCGCGACCCCUUGGACUACGUGGCAAUGUUUACACGUGUUUGUUUAUUAAUCGUCCACGUGCCCCUCGUUCUUGCUUGGCUAAAAAUAGCCGGGAAAUGCUAA